GGUCACCUCGAUAUAGGCACCGUAAGUGAGUGAUGUAUGUCACACGUUGAUUUUAGCACGAUCUUCAUUCAGAGCCAAGCACAAGCUGUAAUUUUAAUUUCAUUCAAAUCAGUGACUUAAAUCUGUGUGAAUUUGGUUCAGUCGAGGCAGUGUUGUUCCUUCGCAGCGAUGACUUACGCCGGCGACGUACGCAGCGCUGAUAGUCUAGAUGUAGUCCUCGUCGCUAACAAACGAAAGCCUAACUUCACGGAAGGAGAAAGCUUGUUCUUAAUCUCUCAGUUUGAGCGAAACUCGGAAAUACUCACCUCGAAGUUGAACGAUGCGACUACCAACAAACAAAAGGUCGAGGUGUGGAAGCGCAUUUGCAGAGAUUAUAACAGCAAGAAUCCGAUCGUCCUACGUACUGCUAACGAUUUAAAGAGAAAAUGGAAAAACAUGGUUCGCGCAGCAAAGAAAGAACUCCUGGAAUCUACCGCAGAUUCAGAAAGUGGCGAACAGGUAACGCCAAGGAAAUUGUCACCAGUGAGUGAAAAGAUUAUAGAGAUAUUACGCAUAACGGCCUCUAAUUGUAGAAUCGGGGAGGGAGCAGGGAUGAGUAUCGAUCGCAGUUUGGCCACAACCGAUCAGUUAGAGCAAGCUUUAUUGGAGGACGGAGAACAAGAGGAGGGGGAGGUUGCCGAGCAAAAUGAAGAGCAACGAAUCGUGCAUGUCGUGGCAAAAACCGGAGAAAUAGUUUCCCCAACCUCAAACAAUGAGCAGACCGUAGAAAACACCCACCAGGAAAAUACCAACGGAGAAACAGCCUGUUUCUCGGCUUUCAACUCACUUACUCCGAGUUCGAAAGAUCAGGAGAAGACCCCAUGUCAGGUUUUUCCAAACAGUAGCGGAAUUCAUGGUUGUGCUCCCGUUCCCAUGAACAUUGUCUCCUCUUUUCAGGAAGUCGGGAAGUUUCCAAGUCAACAUACUGUGAUCGCAGCGAACGCUUCUAUAAGCGGAGGAGGUAGACAUCGCAUUCUUAUCCCGCAACAGAAACGUAUGCUUUCCUCUCCGCUGACGCACGUGAUCAAAAGGAAAAGAAAUUCCGAAUAUGGGAAUGAGUCACCCGGCUCGCACGUGAGAGAUGAAAUAGAAAAACUCAAGAAGGAAAAACUCUUACUAGAGAAGGAAAAGCUGGCUUUGGAAAAGGAUAAAUUGAUGAUGGAGAAAGAAAAACUUGCUCUUGAAAUCCAGUUCCUACGCGAUCAAAUAGAUACAUAGGGGAAUGUCGCUUCCGCUCGGCUUUGGAAAAAAACAAUGACUGUCGCGCAAUGAUCACAACAAAGAGUUGUUUUCUAAGAGCUAGGGUUGUCGUUAAUAGAAAAUCUUUUAAUCCUUCGGUUAAGUGUAAGACUAGUUUGAGAAAUCUCAUUUCAAACAAUUUUAAUCUUUGUGAAACGGUUGCGAGAGACUGUUGGGUUAUCAGCUUGUUUGUAUCUUUACUAGAAAAAAUUACAGUGUUACUGCACCAUCUAUUUUUGAGUUUGAUAAUGAUGACUAAGAACCCAGGAUAUUUUACGGAGACCUUGGCUUUGCACUCUGCUGAUCGUAGAUUUGAGAAACUCUUGCAAAAUACUCCCCGUCAAACAUAACAAAAGAGCACAACUAAGCGGGAGAAAUCUGAGAUUGAGAUUUAGGCAAUGUUGUAAAACUUUUUUAAAAUUCUCUUUUUCUAAAGACUGAACAUUAAAGAUGAUUCUUGACCAAUGACUUCGCGACAGGAGACAAUUACAUCAAGACUAUUGCGGAAAGGCACCAAGAACAAUUCUUCUUGCGUUUCAAUUGCAGCUUUUUAUCAAUUCUUGAUAUAGUUUUUAUAAAUAUUUUUUAUUUCUAGGUAUCUUUUAUUUUACUGAACAUAGUCUAAUUUACUACUUUGAACCUAAGUUAGGACCUUUCCUGAAAACCACAGUGAUGUGAUGAAAGUUUCCCAAUAAAAGAUUGUGAUCGGCAACAAUGUUAAUCCUUAGAAAUAAUUCCAACCCGUGCAGUUCCAUUUUACGUCCGUGCAUGCAGAA